AUGACACCUUCGCGGGCGUACUCGUGGGCAGCGCCCGAGGGCUGUUUAGCUACGCUUGAUGGAGAUCGUUUGUGGAGCAUAGCUAAGCUAAUAAAACGGUUAGUUUCAACCCAUCCGACGACGAGUGGUAAACCGGUACGAGGACCGGUCGCAACCCGCUGUCUCCCCGCGCUUCUAAAUGCGCGCAUCACCUUAUCUACACGGCCGUUGCGGCUAAGCCUGACUGUCCGCUCUCCUAUUUCACAGGCCACUUGGACUCCAGAUAACUCGUAUCGAAUUCAACGUUGGGAGCCGAUUGCGGAGGCAACACGAUAUCUGCGCGCUCCGACUGACCACGGCUCAAAUUAA